AUGGAGGACGCCUACGCCAAGUCCGUCGCCGAGGUGCUCGAUGCGUUCGGCGUGGAUCAAACCAAGGGCCUCUCUGACUCGCAGGUGGAGAAGAAUGCGAGGCUCUACGGCAAAAACGUGCUUCCCCAAGAAGAAAGUACUCCCUUUUGGAAGUUAGUUUUGAAGCAGUUUGAUGAUUUACUCGUCAAAAUAUUGAUAGCAGCUGCUGUGAUCUCAUUCCUUUUGGCCCGAAUGAAUGGUGAAACUGGAUUAUCAGCAUUUUUGGAACCUUCGGUUAUCUUUAUGAUACUGGCAGCAAAUGCAGCUGUGGGUGUGAUUACAGAAACGAAUGCUGAAAAAGCUCUUGAGGAGCUUCGUGCUUAUCAAGCUGAUAUUGCAACAGUGUUGCGCAAUGGUUGCUUUUCUAUACUUCCAGCAUCAGAACUUGUCCCUGGAGAUAUAGUUGAAGUAGGAGUUGGUUGCAAAGUUCCGGCUGACAUGAGAAUGGUUGAAAUGUUAAGUCACCAAUUGCGUGUUGAUCAAGCAAUUCUUACAGGAGAAAGCUGUUCAGUGGCAAAAGAGCUUGAGUCAACUCCAGCAAUGAAUGCUGUCUACCAGGACAAAACUAACAUUCUUUUUUCGGGCACCGUUGUUGUAGCUGGUAGAGCAAGAGCAAUCGUUAUUGGGGUUGGUUUUAAUACUGCAAUGGGAAGUAUACGUGAUGCUAUGCUAAGAACAGAGGAUGAAGCAACACCGUUGAAGAAAAAGCUUGAUGAAUUUGGUACUUUUUUGGCAAAGGUGAUAGCAGGGAUCUGCAUACUUGUUUGGGUUGUAAAUAUUGGACAUUUCCGAGAUCCUUCUCAUGGUGGCUUUGUUAGGGGUGCCAUCCACUAUUUUAAGGUAGCUGUUGCUCUUGCUGUCGCGGCUAUUCCAGAAGGUCUCCCAGCUGUUGUAACAACGUGCUUAGCUCUUGGUACAAAGAGAAUGGCUCGCUUGAACGCCAUUGUUAGGUCACUUCCCUCUGUAGAGACAUUAGGAUGCACAACAGUUAUUUGCAGUGACAAAACUGGUACUCUUACAACAAACAUGAUGUCUGUGUCAAAGGUGUGCGUUGUGCGGUCUGUGCAUCAGAGACCAAUGACUGAUGAGUACUCCAUUAGUGGAACAACAUUUGCUCCUGAUGGUUUUAUUUAUGAUGCUGGCGGGUUGCAGUCAGAGUUUCCCCCUCAAUCACCAUGUCUCCUCCAUCUUGCUAUGUGUUCAGCUCUUUGCAACGAGUCCACUCUACAAUACAAUCCUGAUAAAAAAUCUUAUGAAAAAAUUGGAGAGUCCACUGAAGUCGCUCUGCGUGUGCUGGUGGAGAAGGUUGGUCUUCCUGGUUUUGACUCAAUGCCUUCAGCCCUCAACAUGCUAACUAAGCACGAACGUGCAUCAUACUGCAACCGUUAUUGGGAAAAUCAGUUUAGAAAGAUAUCCGUUCUAGAGUUCUCUCGAGACCGCAAAAUGAUGAGCGUCCUCUGCAGUAGAAAACACCAGGAAAUUAUGUUUUCAAAAGGUGCCCCUGAAAGUAUAAUGGCCAGAUGCACACAUAUAUUGUGCAAUGAUGAUGGUUCUUCAGUACCAUUGACUAUGGACAUUCGUAAUGAGUUGGAAGCUAGAUUUCAAAGUUUUGCAGGGAAAGACACACUAAGGUGCUUAGCAUUAGCAUUAAAACGGAUGCCAGCUGGUCAACAAAGUAUUUGUUAUGGUGAUGAGGCCAACCUCACAUUUAUAGGAUUGGUUGGGAUGCUUGAUCCACCAAGAGAAGAAGUCUGGGAUGCUAUCCACUCUUGUAUGUCUGCGGGGAUCCGUGUUAUAGUUGUUACUGGGGAUAACAAGUCUACAGCAGAAUCUCUGUGUCGGCAAAUUGGUGCUUUUGAGCACUUGAAUGACUUUGCAGGGUAUUCCUAUACAGCAUCAGAAUUUGAAGGAUUGCCUCCUUUGGAAAGGACAAACGCAUUACAAAGGAUGGUUCUGUUUUCAAGAGUGGAACCUUCCCAUAAGAAGAUGCUUGUUGAAGCCUUGCAAACACAUAAUGAAGUGGUUGCUAUGACUGGGGAUGGUGUCAACGAUGCACCUGCGCUAAAGAAAGCGGAUAUAGGAAUAGCAAUGGGAUCAGGAACUGCAGUUGCAAAGAGUGCUUCAGACAUGGUUUUGGCUGAUGACAACUUUGCCACAAUUGUUGCAGCUGUUGCGGAGGGAAGGGCCAUAUAUAAUAACACGAAGCAGUUUAUCCGGUAUAUGAUUUCAUCAAAUAUUGGGGAGGUGGUUUGUAUUUUUUUGGCGGCAGUGCUUGGGAUGCCUGACACACUUAUACCUGUCCAGCUACUCUGGGUGAACCUUGUUACUGAUGGAUUGCCUGCAACUGCAAUUGGUUUCAAUAAGCCUGAUGGCAACAUCAUGACAGUCAAACCUCGGAAGGUUAAUGAAGCUGUGGUUAGUGGAUGGCUCUUUUUCCGUUAUUUGGUCAUUGGAGCUUAUGUUGGUCUUGCUACUAUAGCGGGUUUUGUUUGGUGGUUCGUUUAUUCUGAGAAUGGUCCUAGAUUACCAUAUUCUGAAUUGGUCAAUUUUGAUUCCUGUUCUACAAGGCAAACUUCAUAUCCUUGCAGUAUAUUUGAGGAUCGUCAUCCAUCAACUGUUUCAAUGACUGUGCUUGUUGUUGUCGAGAUGUUUAAUGCCUUGAAUAACCUAAGUGAAAACCAAUCUCUGCUUGUCAUUCAUCCAUGGAGUAACCUGUGGCUUGUUGGGUCCAUUAUUCUGACAAUGCUUCUUCAUGUAGCAGUCCUGUACAUUGAACCACUAUCAGCCCUUUUCUCCGUUUCUCCAUUGUCGUGGGUUGAGUGGAAAAUUGUUCUUUAUCUAUCCUUCCCUAGCAUCUUCGACAAUGGGUUCGCGAUUAUACAAUUCAUUGGGGGUCUCAGACUCAGAUUGCUAGUUUUGCCGCUGCGGCUGCAGGAUGUGGAUGUUCUUGCUGUGUGCUUUCCCUGUACAUUACAAGCAGCCGGCAAUGGCUGUAAAUACCAGUGGAACAGGCUCAACUAA